AUGUCACAUACACCAAUGAAAAAAAGUGUAUUUGAUCGUAUCGAACGCGGUGGAGGAAAUAGUUCACCGUCUUCUGGAACAACAAAUACUAAUCAUAAAAGUACGCAUGGCUUUUGUAAUACUUAUAUUAAAACUGGUGCAUGUCCGUUAGGAGAUGCUUGUAAAUUUAUACAUGAACAACCAAAUCUUGAUAAACAACCAGGAGCAAAAGAUGAAUUUCGUAUUACAAAAACAAUAACAAGAGUUGUUGAUAUGUCAUCACCAUCAAUAAAAAGUACUGUAACUGUAUCACAUGAACAACGAUCUGUUUCAAAUUCAAAUUCUAUUCCAUCAAGUCGAACUGUUGUUGAAGGUGGUACAAUAUCAAAUGAACAGUCAGAUCGUCGAUUAAGUAGUUCUGAUCGUAAACAAUCUCAAAGUCGUACUUCGGAUUCAAAAAGAAAAUCAUCAUCAAAUUCAAAUGAAUCAUCAAAGAAAAAAAAUCGUUCAUCAAAUAAAAACAAACGUUCUAAUGAGAGUGAUUCACCUUUUAGUUCAGCAUCAGAUUCAGAUUAUAAUCAUUCAUCAUAUAAACGUAAAAAACAAUCUGAUAUACAUUCAACAUCAUCAAAAUAUAAAACUCAUGAUUCCAUAUCACCACAACAUGAUGAAGAUGUAAUACUCAGUGAUCAAUUAAUACGUCAAACACAAUCAAAUAAUAAAUCUCCAAAACGAACAAUUGUUAUAACAGAUAGAAAAAAAGAUGAAAAUAACAAACGAACAAAUAAAGAUAAUAAAACAAAUCCAGAUAUUGAAUUUCUUGGAUCAAAAAUAAUUAAUCGAGAUAAAAAAUCAAUAGAAACAAUACAUCAACAAGCUGAAAGUAAUAAAAAAUCUCUUGAUAUUAAACGAGAAAGAAAAUCACCAAAUAAAUCAUCAUCUGAUCAACAAAAACGUCAUUCAUCAUCAUCGACAAGCAAUAAUGAAAAAAAUAUUCAAAUUAAAAUAGAUGAUACAAAACAUCAAUCAAAUAAAACACAAAACUCAUCUGAACACUCUGAACGUAGUGCACCGCAAUUAACACCGCCAGUUGUUCAACUUUCUCCAACACCAUCAGUAACAGCAACAUCUGAAAUAUUCGAAAAAGGUUCUGUUGUACUUUCAAAUGAACCUGAAAAAACUACACCUGUUCAACCUCCAUCACCAAUAUGCGUUAUUCUUGAUGAUGAUUCAAGUCCAGCACCAUCAAUUGAUAAAAAAGUUGUUCGACAAACAUCAACAACACCAGUCAAACGAACCAAUGAUAAUGAUAAAAAUAAUUCAAAACAAAGUAAACAAUCUCGAGAUUCAGAUAAAAGUCGUAAUAAAGAAAAAACAAAUGAAAAUACUGAAAUAAAACGUAAACGACUAAAUGAUGUUGGUUCAAGAAAAGUAACAUCAAAUCGUAAAAGUGAAAAUGAUAAUCGAUCUACAAACAAUCGAUCGGAUAGUCGUCGUAGUACAAAUACAUCUUCAAGAGAUGACACAUCAAGUCGUAAAUAUAAAGAAAAAUCAGAAUCAAAAACUAGUAAAAGUAAUGAUUCAAAAGAUCGAAAUUUACCUGCAUCAUCAUCGUUCUCAUCAUCAAAACCACGUAGUACUAAUGAUCGACGUGAUACAACAAGAUCUUCAUCUGAAAAAAAACGUUCAACACAUCGACGUGGUAAAGAAAAAGGUUUAGAAAAUGUAACCGAUUCUGAAGAACAUGUUGAUGAACCAGUUGUACCAAAACAAGCGGCUCUUGAAGCUUAUAUGUCUAUGGAUUGGUCAUUAUUAUCUCGUGAUAAACGUAUUCCAUUAAAUACUCAAAUAACAUCACGUAUUGCUCGUAUUGAUCAUAGCAUUAAUUCACUUGGUGUAUCUGAACGUUUAUUAACAAAUGAACAAAAAGAAAAACUCAAUGACAUAGAAUUUCAAUCAUUACCAUUAACACAUUUUAUGAAACAAUUACAAACAAAAUCUAGUUCACAAAUUAUUAAUUCUUGUCAUCGAAGAUUUGGUUCUUGUGCUAAAGAUAUGAUUGAUAUGAGACAUAAAUGGCUUAUAAAAUCUAUUGAACCAGUUCAACAAUAUGAAUUUAUUAAUAAAGAACAUUAUAUAGCAUUUCAACAUGCUAUUAAUUCUUUAUUAGAUAAAACACCAAAUGAUACUCCAACUGUACAAAUUGAAACAACAACAGCUGAUGUUUUAUUAUCAUAG